ACGUUAAGUGACACUUUUGAAAAGCAGCAUGAACGAAAUAAAUGAAGGCCUGUACUGAAGACAGCGUGCUGUUGGUACAGACUGGAUGCUCUUCUUCGCUUUCAUGUUGUUUCCCUGAAAAUCUUAAUGCAAGACCCCUUUCAGUGCUGGUAUUUGGCAGUGAAGUUACCCCUACAUUACCCCACUCUCAUGAGCAAGAAACCCAUCAUCAUCUCUCUCGUCGUCUUGUGGAUUAUUUCCUUCUUAGUAGGACACAUGGCAGUUAUUUCCUCGCAACUGCAGCAAAGCAAUUAUGCAGGUCCUUGUGGAGUCCUGACUGCUGCCAAGAGUGACUACCUAUACAUAAUCUGUUUUGGCAUCUUUGUUCCUGCUUUGUUGAUCUUGUGCUCCUUGCAUCUCUCAGUGGGAAGAAUAGCCUAUCUGCAACACAAGCAAAUCCAACGCAUCUACUUGCGUGAAGACACUUUCAUUGCUCAUCUCCGCCAUUUCAAAGCUCUCAGGACAGUCCUUAUUGUGAUCAUCUGCUUUAUUCUAUUCUGGGGACCUUACUACGUGACUGCCAUUGUGAAAGCCGCCUGUAACUCAUGCAACAUAAACCCAGUGCUGAGAGAUUUCUUGUUUGUUUUAGGAGAAACCAAUUCUCUGAUCAAUCCUUUUAUCUAUUCACUAUACAGCAAGGAUAUAAGAACCCAGUUUAUCAAGUUAAUGAAAUGUAAGGAAAGAGAACAAAUAAAGCCUUACAGAUCCAUUGCUCUGGCAGUCGUCCAUUUCAACAUUGGAAGCCAGAGUGAUUUAACCUCUGGAAGAUCCAUGAGACAAAAUUCAUCUGGUGAGCAAAUCUCUAACUUGCCUUCUUUUAAUAGCUCUUUUGAUUGCAAAACAGUGUUCUCUGUUUCCUGAUGCAAAGUAAAAGAGACAAGACUCUGCCUGAAACAUGUUGAAACAUUAUGCUGCACUCAUAAUCAGUGAAGAGGUAAUCGAGAAGUUGCAAUUGUGUUACUAAGCUUUCUGAACCUAGGUGUGGGUUGUUUUUUCAUCUCCAGCCCUACCAGAAAGUCAGACAUAAUUUAGUGAUGCAAAGAUCACUAAAAGUGAAUAAAGUAACACAUAAUUAUCGAUGAAUAUGUAUUUACAGAAUGAACAGUUUGAAACCUGAACUGCAAUGAAUCUUCAUAUAUUUCUGUUUCCUGUAUGCUUUUUGGAAAUCCUUUUUUUUUUUAAAGCAUUUUACUGCAUGUGUUCUGAACAUCAUUUAAAGAAUGUUCUGUUCAUUAUCUUUGAUAAAAUAUUCUUAUCAACUGAUUAAGACAUAUCUUUGGAGACUGCACAGCAAAGGUAGGAGAAAUUUUGCUCUCUAGAUAAUUGGCCUGCACUCCAUGGUGGGGGGGGGGGAGAUAAGGGAUCACUGAAACUGCAUUCCAAAAGAUCUGGAGAGCUAAAGACUCUCCACCUCUGACCUAAAAAUGGGGGAGUUGAAGCCUUAGUUUUGUUUCUGAAAUUAUUCCUAAAUAAUAUUCUGAGAUGCUGACAAAAAUCUGCGUAUGUUCAAAACAGUGGUCUCAACAGAAGUAUAAACCUAUGUUGUGAGAGCAUUUCUAAUUGUAAAUGGAAAGUUCUGAACAUGUCCCCAUCCAUUAGGAAUGAACAAGCCUUUACUUACAGAAGGUGAUUUUACAUGCCAUAACUUACUACUAACAAGAAAGUGAAUUUUGAAAUACAGAGCUUGUGUGGGGCAGUGCCACAUACUUUUCCUCCUCUGCAGCAGAUUGUCAUAUAUCUGCAUACAUCUGACUGCUAUUACGUUCAGUGUGGCAAAUAACCAGAACAUCACCUUCAGCUGGAAAGUCUAUUGGUGAGAUCAUACCUGUUUUGAACUCAUUGAAUAGCCUUUGGGCCAGCUAGUGUCCUCUCAGCCUCAAUCACCUGUCAGUUCCAUGGGUAUAUUCGACACUGGCUUCCCUUAACUUUACAAGGUAUUUUUAAUUUGAAGUAUGGAGAUAAUAUUUGAUGUAUUUAAAAUGGGUAGGGAAUAUAUUGGAUCUUUCUUUAUUCAUAUCAGAGUGUGCCAU